GAAUAAGAAGUAUCCAAAAUGAAGAUGCUUUUAUAGACUAACUCCUGUGCCAUCAAGCGCUCUCCAUAGGAACCCUACUAACAAGGAGUUUUCUUGAUUAGUCCAAUUUCCAGCUGUGAUCUCAGCUAUUAGUUUUCAGAUGCCAACGAACUGACAUCCUGUUUCCUGACAGCACCAGCUACUUUAGGAGACGCUCUAAAACCUCUGCGCUCACUUGUUACCCAGGAACAGGAAACGCAGGAACAGAAGCGCUCCAAACGCAGGGAGAGGCGGUCACCACACUGGUCUCGCUGGGUUUUUCCUGAUGGACUGUUUGGAAUGACACCUUAAAAGGAUUUUAAUGUUUCCUCUUUAAAGAAGUUUCCUAUUUCUGACAACAGUUCACCCGUGGAGGAUGGAAAAGUGACGCCUUUUCCCAUAUCAGAGGCUAGCUGUUUUUAAAGGCACAGGAUGAAAAGAUGGCACAACACCUUGAUGCACCAGGCGCUGCUAGCUUUCAUCCCUUUACCCGUGAGUCACUAAAAAACAUUGAGAAAAGGAUCGCUGAGGAGAAAGCCAAGAAACCCAACAAUGAAGAAAAAAAACAAAAAGACAGGAAUGAGCUCAAACCAAGCCGUGAUCUGGAGGCAGGAAAGACUCUGCCACUUUAUUAUGACAUUCCUUCAGGGCUGAUGUUGACGGCACUGGAGGACUUGGAUCCCUACUACUCUAAUCAGAAAACUUUUAUGGUAGUAAACAACAAGAAGCUCAUUUAUCGAUUCAAUGCUGCCUCUGCCUUUUACAUUCUGAGCCCCUUCAAUCUCAUCAGAAGGCUGUCAUUCAAAAUUCUGGUGCACUCGUUGUUUAGCAUGCUGAUCAUGUGCACUAUCCUCAUCAAUUGUGCAUUCAUGACUAUGAAUAACCAACAGGAGACAAAGUCAGUUGAGUACACAUUUACUGCAAUCUACACCUUUGAAUUUGUAGUUAAGGUUUUGGCAAGAGGAUUCUGUAUAGGGAAGUUCACAUUUUUAAGAGAUCUGUGGAACUGGCUGGACUUCUGUGUCAUUGUUUUGGCGUAUGUAACUGAGUUUGCGGACAUUGGAAAUCUUUCAGUUCUUCGAACAUUCAGGGUGCUGAGAACAUUAAAAGCAAUUUCCGUAAUCCCAGGUCUAAAAACAAUUGUUGGUGCAUUAUUCCAGUCUGUAAAGAAACUUGCUGAUGUUAUGAUCCUGACAGUUUUCUGCUUGAGUGUAUUUGCACUUGUUGGAUUACAGCUGUUUAUGGGAAACUUGAGGAAUAAAUGCAUAUUAAUCCCAGAUGAUUCUAUCAAAAAUAAUGAGACACUAUGGGAAGCAUAUCUACAAAACAAAAGUAAUUAUUACACUCCUGCUGGGAAAAAAGAGACAUUACUCUGUGGAAACAGUACUUUGGCUGGGCAGUGUCCAGAGGGGUAUAUGUGUAAAAAAGCUGGAGACAACCCAGACUAUGGUUAUACAAGCUUUGACAACUUUGGUUGGGCCUUCCUUUCUCUGUUCAGACUAAUGACACAGGAUUCCUGGGAGCGCCUUUAUCAGCAGACACUGCGAGCAGCUGGGAAGCCCUACAUGAUCUUUUUUGUCUUGGUUAUAUUCCUUGGUUCCUUCUAUUUGAUAAACUUGAUUUUGGCUGUAGUGGCUAUGGCCUAUGAGGAGCAGUGCCAGCUCAACAUAAAAAAAGCUCAGGAGAAGGAGGAUGAAUAUAAUGCAGCUAUCGAGCAGCUAAAAUGUCAGCAAGAGGAUGCUCAGGCAUUGGCAAUAGCAGCUGCAAAAGUCAACGGAGAGGCCUUGAGUAAAGGGGGUGGAACUGAAAGUUCCUCAGAGGCUUCUAAGCUGAACUCCAAAAGCAUCAAAGAACGGCGCAACCGGCGAAAAAAGAGAAAAGAGGAGGAAGAAAGAGGAGCCAGGAAGAUAUCUCAUUCAGAUUCCUUUGAAAGUUUAACACCAACUCAUUUCCACUUCUCUGCAGAUGCUUACCCACUCAACUAUGACAUGAAAUGUUCAUCUACACACCAGUCCUUUCUGAGUUUCCGUGGGCCCCUGCUCUCAUCCAGAAGAAACAGCAAAGCCAGCCUUUUCAGUCUCCAAACACAAGAUGGUGCUUCGGAAAACGAGUUUGCAGAUGAUGAAAACAGCAUUUUUGAAGGGAAGCUGAGUCGGAGGGAAUCCCUGAUAGAUGCUUCGAGACGUGAUAGACACAGCAGCAGUGUGAGCCAGUUCGGCUUCUUACCUCAUCUUCGGUUUCAACCCUAUGGGAUCAGGUGCAGUUCUAUUGACUGUAAUGGGGUUGUGUCUCUGGUGGAUCAGAAUCCACUUCCAACAUCGCUACCUGCAGUGCUUCUACCACCUAAUCUGACAGUAGAUAUGGGCUCCUCUGGAAACCAUCCUGAGAUGACAGACACAGACUACAAACUGGGCAGCAUUGAAAACUACAGUGAGUGUUUGGACCUACCUGACAGCCAUCAGAUGAGACAGAGAGCAUUAAGUAUAGCCAGCGUCAUCACAACCACCAUUGAAGAACUGGAAGAAUCAAGGCAGAAAUGUCCUCCUUGCUGGUACAAAUUUGCCCACAAAUUUCUCAUCUGGGACAGUUGCCCACUUUGGUUGAAGAUCAAAGAAAAAGUCAAAAUUAUUGUGAUGGACCCAUUCAUGGACCUAGCUAUCACCAUCUGCAUUGUAUUAAACACAUUAUUCAUGGCCAUGGAGUAUUAUAAAAUGACUGCUUGGUUCAAAGAUAUGCUGCGUGUGGGCAACCAGGUGUUCACAGCCAUCUUUACAGUAGAAAUGGUACUCAAGAUAAUUGCAUUGGACCCAUACUAUUACUUUCAAGUGCGAUGGAAUAUUUUUGAUGCAGUCAUUGUCUGCUUAAGCUUGGCAGAAGUUCUUCUGCAAUCAGUGAAAGGCAUGUCCAUUCUAAGAUCGUUCAGACUGCUGAGAGUGUUCAAGUUGGCUAAGUCCUGGCCCACUCUCAAUAAACUCAUCAAAAUAAUUGGUAAUUCCGUCGGAGCUCUGGGCAACCUGACCCUGGUGCUGGCAAUCAUUGUUUUCAUCUUUGCUGUUGUGGGCAUGCAGCUGUUUGGAAAAUACUAUAAGGAUUGUGUUUGUAAAAUCUCUGACGACUGCAGACUGCCUCGUUGGCACAUGAAUGACUUCUUCCAUUCAUUCCUCAUUGUGUUCCGAGUGCUUUGUGGAGAAUGGAUUGAAACCAUGUGGGACUGUAUGAGAGUCGCAGGGCAAUACCAGUGUCUCACUCUCUACAUGAUGGUCAUGGUUAUUGGAAAUCUUGUGGUGCUGAACUUGUUCCUUGCCCUCUUGCUGAGCUCAUUCAGUGCAGAUAAUCUGAUGAAGUCUGGGGAUGAUGAUCAGGAGGUCAACAAUUUGCAGAUUGCAUUUGAUCGGAUACACAGAGCUACAGCUUACAUCAAGUUCAAGUGUUCAAGAUGUUACAAUAGUUUGUACGUCAGAGAAAUAAAAACAAGUGAGGAAAAACCAUUUGGGCACAACGGUAUCCCAAAUCAUACUAUUAAAGACAUCCCUAAAAAUGGCAAUGGGGAAGUUACUGGAGUGGACAAAAGUGGGGACAAGUACAUAGUCAACAGUAAGAGCGAUGAUUCCAUCCUUUCUUUCAUACAUAACCCAAGUCUGACUGUGACCGUUCCUAUUGCUGCUGAAGAAUCAGACUUUGAAAUGCUAAACACAGAAGACUUCAGUAGCAUUUCAUCCAAUGUGCCUGAAGUUCACGUGGCUGUCAGUGGUUUUGAUGAUGAGCAGCUAAGUGCCUCUGAGGGGAGUACAGUGGAUGACCUGUCAGAAGGAGAGCCAGCUGAGCUUGAAUUCCCUGUAUUCAACGAGAUAAAGGACCCACAUGACUGCUUUACCGCAGGCUGUGUGCAGAAAUUCAAAUGUUGCCAAGUAAAUGUGAAUAAAGGCUUUUGGAAAGUGUGGUGGACACUAAGGAAGACCUGUUACCAGAUAGUUGAGCACAACUGGUUUGAAAGCUUCAUCAUCUUCAUGAUUUUGCUGAGCAGUGGAGCACUUGCUUUUGAAGAUGUGUAUUCUGAGCAGAGGAAGACAAUCAAAGUAGUAUUGGAGUUUGCUGACAAAAUGUUUACCUUCAUCUUCAUUCUGGAAAUGCUCCUGAAAUGGAUGGCAUAUGGAUUUGCAAAGUAUUUCACAAAUGCAUGGUGCUGGCUGGACUUCCUCAUUGUUGAUGUCUCACUGGUCAGUUUGGUGGCUAAUGCCUUAGAACGCUCAGAUUUAGGAGCAAUCAAAUCUCUGAGGACCCUGCGAGCUCUAAGGCCACUAAGAGCCCUGUCGAGGUUUGAGGGCAUGAGGGUAGUUGUCAAUGCCCUCCUGGGAGCCAUUCCUUCCAUAUUUAAUGUGCUGUUGGUAUGCCUCAUCUUCUGGCUUAUUUUCAGCAUAAUGGGAGUCAACCUAUUUGCAGGAAAGUUCUACAAAUGUGUUCAUAACGACACUGGUGAAGAAUUCCCCAAAGAAAUAGUGAAAUACAAAAAUGACUGUGAUAUUCAUCCAAAUGGAAAAUGGAAGAACCUCAAAGUCAACUUUGACAAUGUGGCAAUGGGCUAUCUUGCUCUUCUGGAAGUUGCAACGUUCAAAGGCUGGACGGAUAUCAUGUAUGCUGCUGUGGAUUCUCCAAAAGAUCCAGAGGAACAGCCAGCAUAUGAAAUCAACUUGAAGAUGUAUGGAUAUUUUGUUUGCUUCAUCAUAUUUGGGGCUUUUUUUACCCUUAAUCUCUUCAUUGGUGUCAUUAUAGACAAUUUCAAUCAACAGAAGAGAAAGUUAGGAGGUCAAGACAUUUUCAUGACGGAUGAACAAAAGAAAUACUAUAAUGCUAUGAAGAAGCUGGGAUCAAAGAAGCCCCAGAAGCCAAUUCCAAGGCCAGAGAACAAGUUUCAAGGAUACAUUUUUGAUUUUGUCACACAACAAGCAUUUGAUAUUAUAAUAAUGGUUCUGAUAUGGCUAAAUAUGGUAACCAUGAUGGUGGAAACAGAGGACCAGUCUAAAGAAUGGAAAGAAACCCUCAACAUCAUCAACAUAGUGUUCAUUGUCAUCUUCUCUGGAGAGUGUCUUUUAAAGAUGAUUGCACUUCGCCAUUACUUUUUCAUCAAUGGUUGGAAUGUUUUUGAUUUUGUUGUGGUCAUCCUGUCAAUUGUUGGCAUUUGUCUUGCAGGUGUGAUAGAGAAGUAUUUUGUCUCUCCAACGCUGUUCAGAGUGAUUCGACUGGCUAGAAUAGGCCGCGUCCUCCGCCUUAUAAAAAGUGCCAAGGGAAUCCGCACACUCUUGUUUGCCUUGAUGAUGUCACUUCCUGCGUUGUUCAAUAUUGGUCUCUUGCUCUUCUUAGUGAUGUUUAUCUAUGCCAUUUUUGGAAUGUCAAACUUUGCCCAUGUCAAGAGGGAGAAAGGCAUUGAUGACCUUUUUAAUUUUGAAACCUUUGGAAACAGCAUGAUCUGUUUGUUUCAAAUCACCACAUCGGCAGGGUGGGACGCCCUCCUGGAUCCAAUACUCAAUACGGAAAAAAACGGGGAUUGUGAUCCUCUAUUUGAGCAUCCUGGUAGUAAUAACGUGAGAGGAAACUGUGGAAAUCCUGCUGUGGGAAUUGCCUUCUUUGUGAGUUAUAUAAUUAUCUGCUUCCUUAUUGUUGUAAACAUGUACAUUGCAGUAAUCAUAGAGAAUUUUGGGGUGGCCACUGAGGAGAGCACUGAACCUUUAAGUGAGGACGACUUUGAAAUAUUUUAUGAGGUCUGGGAAAAGUUUGACCCUCUUGCUACACAGUUUGUUAAAUACAACAUGCUGUCAGACUUUGCCGAUGCUUUAACCCCCCCACUACGCAUUCCCAAGCCUAACAAAUUUGAGCUUGUCUCUAUGGAUCUACCAGUUGUGAGUGGUGACCGCAUUCACUGCCUUGAUAUCUUAUUUGCCUUUACAAAACGUGUUUUGGGUGAUAGCGAGGAUAUGGACAGUCUCAGAGCACAGAUGGAAGAACGCUUCAUGGCUGCAAAUCCAUCCAAGGUUUCGUACGAACCCAUCACAACCACCUUUCGCCACAAACAGGAAAACGUGUCAGCUGCUGUGAUUCAGAGAGCUUUCAGACAUUAUACUAGGAAAAAGAUUUUUGAUGCAGUCAUUGCUAAUGAUGAGAAGGGUGAACAGCUGUCUGACAAAGAAGAUCAUGUUACAGAAAAACCUAAAGAAGUAUCGAUUGCCGAUAGGGCGGAACAGCCACCUUUGAAGGACUCUCAAUCUUCAAGUAACAGUGUGACACCAAAUGGGGACAACAAACAUAAAAAGGAUGAAAGUGAAAAGGAAGUUGAGAGCAAGGACAUCAGUGAACAAAAUAAAUAAAAGAAAUAUAGAAGAGCAUAACAGAAUCUUGGAAUUAUAAAAAAAAAAAUGUUUACAGCUUUUGAAAGGGAAUCCCUUCCUUUGGACACAUUUGCAAAUAUUGUAACAAUUAUUUAAAAUAUUUUUAAAGAUAAUAAUUUUGGCUUUGAUAACUAUUGCAGCUAUUCCUCCUCUUAUGCAUCUUCAUUUCUUUGUAAUCAUUUUCCAAACUGAAAGAUAUCUGUUAUUUUGUCAUGCGGCUGCUUUUAUUUACAACUAUUUAGGGUGAUUCUUUAAAGUUUCAUUUGGGAUUAAUACACUGGUUUUAAAACAGCCUUUAUCCCUCAUAGUGCUAAAAAGUUUUGUCAAAUACCUUUAAAGUUUAUGAAGUUCUGCAUGAAAUUUCUCCACUGGUAUGCAUGCCGAAGAGUGCUAUUUCGAACAGGGAGUUAUUCGAGGCUAUCACUUUUUAUGCUGCAAAGCUGAUUACUGAAUGUGUCUGUUAAUUCCAGUCAGGAGUGUAAUUCUUUUGAGUAAAAAAAGUUGCACCUUUGCUUAUCACUGAAAAUAUUGUUAUAUGCCCUCCGGUUUAAAGGCAAAUAUAAUGAAAAAUGUUAAUUAUGCACAGCUUUUUGGCUAAAAAAAGAGACAUAAAUGGCCUAAAUUUGUAUAGCACAUUAUCAAGUCCAAGGACCCCAAAGCACUGGACACUAUGAUCAGUCAUUUACCUGCUGAUGGUUGUAAGCUACAUUGCAGUCAUAGCUGCCCUUUGGCAGGCUGACAGAAUCAAGGCUCCCAUAUAAUUGGUGCCACCAGGAUUCUGACCACGAACAGCAAGCAACGCAGGUGAAGUUUCUUACUCAAGGACAUAGAAACUGGAAAGACUCGAACCAGCAACCCAUCAGUUACAGGGCAAACCCCUACUGCCUGAGCCACCAUCACCUCGUGACGGUUCAAUUUCAUCAGGAACCAGUUUUAAAAGAAAUCCUAUUUGCCUUUGUAUUUACCUGUAGACAAACUUCUUGAAUGUUGCACCGAAGCUAAUGCUUUUUUAAAUCUCCACUUUGUGCUUUGACAACUCUAAAAUACAGAAGUUCUUCACUUUGCUUCAUGUUUUUUUUAUUCAUAUUUAAACUUAAGGUAUCAUGAAUCUUUUAAUAGUAUUUUCAUGAUAUAAUUUUGUGUUAGUCUUCUGUUUUCCAGUUUACCUCUCAAUAUUUAUUAUAAUUAUCAAAAAAAGAACUUGAUGGCUCAGGAUAAAAUGAAGAAUCUUAGGGAAAUUGCAUCACACAUGUCAUGUGCUCAUUGCUAUUUCCUGCCUCUGUUUACAUUUUAUAUCGUUUAUUACAACUGCCACCUUAAAUCUUAGAUGUGUCUGGUGUAUGUGUGUGUGAGUAUGUGUGGGUGUGUGUGUGUGUGUGUGUGUGUGUGUGCAAAGUUCUACAUAUGUCAUUUAUUUUGCAUGGUAAAAACUAUGCUACACUUUGCUCGGUGAAAGUGUUUUUAUCAUAUAAAACUUCUAGUUAUUAUGUAUAUCCAUUUGGUUUGUAGUGUAUAAAGAAACUGCAUGAAAGAAACAUAUAGUGCAUUUUAUGAAAAGGAUAAUGGUUUAAAUAAAGAUUACACAUAUAUAUCAUGUCUGCCUACAGAUUUGCUUUAUUGAAAAAUUUAUGUAAAACUGUUCAAUUCUGUAUGUGAAUGGUUGUGAAUGUUGCAGAGUGGGGUUACCUGUGCUUUCCUUCUAACUAGUUUUUUGGUUUUGUUUUUAAUACAUCUGAAGUCAUUUCGUCCCACCCUGGUGUCAGCAGUUACUCCAUAUGAAAAUCUU